AUGUCGGACCAACAUCGCGAUGUCUCCCAAUACAAGUACUCAGCCAUGUCCAACCUGGUUCUCCAGGCGGACCGUCGGUUUGUUACGCGACGAACCGACGAGGCGACAGGCGACCCAGAAUCGCUUGCUGGCCGGCUGAGUAUCCAGGAUAUGGGUGGUCGCGUGGCUCGCGAGGAAGCGCCUAGACAGAAGAAAAGCACAGGCCCGCACGAUGUAGUAAGGGGAGACCUUAAAGAAGGCGAGGAUGUAUUGCUCCGAGAGCAACGGCGCAAAGGAGGAAAGUCCACAGGACUCCUGGGGGCCAACGAAUCACACAUCGAGGGCCUAAACUACCAGCCGCGAACUCAGGCUACGCGAGCCACCUUUAACCUUAUCCUUACCAUCGUGGCGAAUAAUUUGGGCGAUGUGUCACAUGAAGUUAUUCGCAGCGCGGCAGACGUCACCUUGGAAUAUCUCAAAGAUGAUGAUAUGAAAGAUCUGGAUAAGAAGAAGGAGAUUGAUGACAUCCUGGGGACGACAAUGCCCGCUAAACAGUUCAACGAGUUGGUCAACCUGGGCAAGAAGAUUACCGACUACGACGCCCAGGAUGAUGAAGACGCUGAGAUGGGAGGCGCCGAUGGUGAUGAUGCGGAUAUCGAUGAAAGACAGGGCGUUGCGGUGACCUUCGAUGACGAGGCGGGGGAUGAAGAGUUAGAAAACGAAGUUCGCGACGUGUCUUCAGAAGAUGAAGAUGACGAAGACGAGGAGAAUGAGGAUGGUGCAGCCCAGGCAACCAAUGGUGAUGCUGACGAUGACGACGAAAUGAUCCUAGACUCCGGACCUGUUGCUGGCAAACAAAAGGAUAAGGAGAAGCAUUCUGUUCCAGCCCGGGAUAUUGACGCAUUUUGGUUGCAGCGUCAGGUCGGCAGCCUGUAUCCCGAUGCUCACGAGCAGACAGACAAAACAAAGGAUGCGCUGCGUAUUCUUUCGGGCGAGCCCGAUGAGGCUGGCGGUGAGGAAAAGUCACUACGAGAAAUCGAAAACGAUUUAAUGGAGCUGUUUGACUUUGAACAUCACGAGCUCGUACAAAAGCUGGUGGAGAACAGAGAAAAGGUGUUCUGGCUCACAAAACUCACACGGUCGGAGAACGACGAGCAACGAGCAGAGGUGGAAAGAGAGAUGGCCUCCGAAGGUCUACAGUGGAUCCUCAACGAAUUGCACGGAAAGAAAGCAAAUGAUGGAAAGAAGAUGGAUAUCAAGAUGGACAUUGAUGUUCCUGACUCUAUCAAGGCUGACGCCCUCAAGGAAGAGAAACCCGAGGGCCAGCUCGUCGGCGGCUUACAGCCCAGAAAGCUGAUUAAUCUCGACAAUCUUGUUUUCGACCAAGGCAACCAUCUCAUGACCAACGCAAAGGUCCGACUGCCGGAAGGAUCGACGAAGCGAAGCUUCAAAGGAUACGAGGAGAUUCAUGUCCCGCCCCCCAAGAAGUCGAACGAGCCUGGCGAUUCACUCAUCCCCAUCACAGAUCUCCCAGAGUGGUCUCGUGUUCCUUUUAGCUCUGCAAAGUCGCUGAACAAGAUCCAGACAAAGUGUUACCCCUCGGCAUUCCAGAACGACGGCAAUAUGCUCAUUUGUGCACCAACUGGUAGUGGAAAAACAAACGUGGCCAUGUUAACUAUCUUGCGAGAGCUUGGAAAGAACCGAAAUCCAGAGACCGGCGACAUUGAUCUUGAUGCUUUCAAGAUUGUCUAUAUUGCGCCUCUGAAAGCUCUGGUUCAAGAACAAGUUGGCAAUUUUGGCAAACGGCUGGAGCCCUACGGUGUCAAGGUGGCUGAGUUGACUGGUGACCGGCAGCUCACUAAACAACAAAUAGCAGAGACCCAGAUUAUUGUGACAACGCCCGAAAAGUGGGAUGUUAUUACCCGCAAGUCCAAUGAUCUGACCUACACCAACCUGGUACGCCUGAUCAUUAUUGACGAGAUUCACCUGCUCCAUGAUGACCGUGGUCCGGUUCUCGAAAGUAUUGUCAGUAGAACUAUUCGAAAGACUGAACAAACAGGCGAGCCUGUACGUUUGGUUGGUUUGUCUGCGACCUUGCCAAAUUAUCGAGAUGUGGCAAGCUUCUUACGUGUCGACGUCAACAAGGACCUGUAUCACUUUGAUGGAUCCUUCCGUCCCUGCCCGUUGCGCCAGGAAUUCGUCGGUAUCACAGACCGCAAGGCAAUCAAGCAGUUAAAGACGAUGAACGAUGUAACAUACACCAAAGUGAUCGAGCAUGUUGGGCAGAACAGGAAUCAGAUGCUCAUUUUCGUCCACUCACGAAAGGAAACUGCAAAAACAGCCAAGUACAUCCGAGACAAAGCAUUGGAAAACGAGACUAUCAAUCAGAUUCUUCGCCACGAUGCUGGUAGUCGGGAACUUCUCAAUGAUGCAGCCUCCCAAGCAACGGAUAAGGACCUGAAAGAUAUUCUCCCUUAUGGGUUCGGCAUUCAUCAUGCAGGCAUGAGCCGUGUCGACAGAACUGAUGUUGAAGAUCUCUUUGCUCGUGGAGCUAUCCAGGUACUUGUGUGCACUGCCACUCUUGCCUGGGGUGUGAACCUGCCUGCCCACACAGUCAUCAUCAAAGGAACCCAGGUUUAUUCACCCGAGAAGGGUAGCUGGGUCGAACUCAGUCCCCAAGAUGUGCUUCAGAUGCUUGGACGAGCGGGACGACCCCAGUUCGAUACGUAUGGAGAGGGCAUCAUCAUCACUACUCAGAGCGAAAUCCAAUAUUAUCUUUCUUUGCUCAAUCAGCAACUCCCUAUUGAGAGUCAGUUCGUCAGCAAGCUCGUGGACAACCUCAAUGCGGAGAUAGUGCUAGGCAACGUCAGAACACGGGAUGAAGGUGUUGAAUGGCUUGGAUACACUUAUCUUUAUGUCCGUAUGCUCCGAUCACCUGGUCUUUACCAAGUAGGGGCCGAAUAUGAAGAUGAUGAUGCUCUUGAGCAAAAACGUGUUGAUCUUAUUCAUUCUGCUGCCACAGUUCUUCAAAAGAUGAACCUGGUUAAAUAUGAUGAAAAGACCGGGCGGCUGCAGUCCACCGAAUUGGGCCGUAUUGCUUCGCACUACUACAUCACUGCCGGAUCCAUGGACACCUACAACAGCCUCAUUCAGCCAUCCAUCACAACGAUCGAGCUUUUCCGCGUUUUUGCUCUCAGUUCCGAAUUCAAGUACAUCCCUGUCCGACAAGACGAGAAACUAGAAUUAGCGAAGCUUCUUGGCAAGGUUCCUAUUCCAGUCAAGGAGAGCAUUGAGGAACCACACGCGAAGAUCAAUGUGCUUCUCCAAGCUUACAUAUCAAGACUCAAACUUGACGGACUCGCUCUCAUGGCCGAUAUGGUUUAUGUGACUCAGAGUGCCGGUCGUAUUCUACGGGCGAUCUUUGAGAUUACACUGAAGAAGGGUUGGGCCUCCGUGGCGAAGACGGCGUUGGAUCUCUGUAAGAUGGCAGAGAAGCGCAUGUGGCCUACAAUGACCCCCUUGCGUCAGUUCCCCGACUGCGGUAGAGAUAUCAUUCAAAAGGCCGAGAGAGUUGAAGUUCCUUGGAAGAGCUACUUUGACCUUGAUCCUCCCCGCAUGGGUGAACUCUUGGGUAUGCCUAAGGCUAGCCGUGCGGUUUGCGCAUUUGUUUCCAAGUUCCCACGACUGGAGGUACAGGCCUCAGUCCAGCCCAUGACAAGAUCCAUAAUCCGUGUUGAACUGAGCAUAACGCCAAAUUUCGAAUGGGACGAUGCGUACCACGGCACAUCAGAAAGCUUCUGGAUCAUCGUGGAAGACAGUGAUGGUGAGGAUGUUCUCUUCCAUGAUAGUUUCAUUCUUCGAAAGGACUAUGUGGAGUCCGAAUCGAAUGAACAUUUGGUAGAAUUCACAGUCCCCAUCACAGACCCUAUGCCACCGAAUUACUUCGUCUCAGUGGUCUCGGAUCGAUGGAUGCAUGCCGAGACGAGGCUGGCCAUUCCCUUCCACAAGCUUAUACUGCCCGAAAAAUUCCCACCCCACACUGAGCUCCUCGACUUGCAGUCACUUCCAAUUUCGGCUUUGAAGGUCUCUACUUAUAUCGAUUUGUAUCCCGAUUGGAGACAAUUCAACAAGAUUCAAACUCAAACCUUUGAGUCUUUGUAUAAGACGGACAAGAAUGUGUUUGUAGGGGCUCCCACGGGCAGUGGCAAGACAGUUUGUGCCGAAUUUGCACUUCUCCGCCACUGGAACAAGGCGGACUCAGGCAGGGCCGUUUACAUUGCACCAUUCCAGGAGCUCAUUGAUGCUCGUCUUCAGGACUGGACCAAGCGGUUGAGCCAACUGAAUGGAGGAAAGGAAAUUGUCAAAUUGACGGGCGAGACAGCGACUGAUCUCAAGCUUCUCGAGAAGGGAGACUUGAUAUUAGCAACACCCAUUCAGUGGGAUGUCCUGUCGAGGCAAUGGAAACGACGCAAGAAUGUUCAGACUGUGGAACUGUUCAUUGCUGACGAUAUCCAUUUACUAGGCGGUUCACAGGGCUAUGUGUACGAGAUCAUCGUCUCCCGUAUGCAUUAUAUACGAACGCAGACAGAGCUCCCGAUGAGAAUUGUUGCUCUCAGCGUGUCUCUUGCCAAUGCAAGGGAUAUCGGAGAGUGGAUUGACGCCACGAAGCAUGACAUUUACAACUUCAGCCCUCAUGUCCGUCCUGUACCGCUCGAACUUCACCUUCAGUCCUUUUCAAUUUCCCACUUCCCCUCCCUAAUGUUGGCAAUGGCCAAACCCACUUAUCUCGCAAUCACACAAAUGUCGCCCGACAAGCCAGCUAUGGUUUUCGUGCCCAGCAGGAAACAAACACGAGCCACCGCGAGGGAUCUUCUGGCGGCAUGUGUUGUUGAUGAAGACGAAGACCGAUUUCUUCAUGCCGACGUGAAGCAAAUGCAGCCAUUGCUUGAACGUGUCCACGAAGAAGCCUUGGCUGAGGCACUUUCGCACGGCAUCGGUUACUACCAUGAGGCACUGAGCAAUAGUGACAGGCGGAUCGUAAAGCAUCUCUACGAUAAUGGAGCCAUUCAAGUUCUUGUUGCUUCCCGAGACGUUUGCUGGGAGCUUACUAGUACAGCACACCUCGUCAUUGUGAUGGGCACACAAUAUUUUGAAGGCAGAGAGCACCGAUAUGUGGAUUAUCCUCUUAGUGAGGUCCUUCAAAUGUUUGGCAAGGCUAUGCGGCCGUCUAAGGAAGGUCGCGGUCGCGGCGUUCUGAUGCUCCCGCAGGUGAAGCGAGAUUACUACAAGAAAUUCCUCAACGAAGCUCUUCCUGUUGAAUCACAUCUGCACAAUUAUCUUCACGAUGCUUUUGUAACCGAAAUUAGCACCAAGAUGAUUGAGUCCGGUGAUGAUGCAAUCAACUGGACUACAUUUACUUACUUCUACCGGCGGCUACUGGCGAAUCCAAGUUACUACAGCUUGACAGGCACCUCGCAUGAUGACUUGAGUAACUACAUGUCAGAUCUUGUUGAGACUACGCUACGUGAACUUGGCGAGUCAAAGAUUAUCGAUUUCGACGAAGAGGAUGGCUCUGUUUCUCCUCAAAACUCGGCAAUGAUCGCAGCAUACUACAACAUUUCUUACAUUACUAUGCAAACCUUCUUACUCUCACUCAGUGCUCGUACCAAGCUCAAAGGUAUUUUGGAGAUUGUUACGUCAGCCACUGAAUUCGAAGCCAUUCAGAUUAGAAGAUACGAAGAGCGUCUCUUGCGUCGGAUAUAUGAGCGAGUGCCCGUCAAGAUGGCUGACCCCGCCUAUGACUCACCUCAUUUCAAGACUUUUGUUCUCCUCCAGGCACACUUCUCGCGUAUGCAGCUACCAGUUGACCUGUCCAAGGACCAAGAAGUGAUUCUUUCGAGGGUUCUCAGCCUCCUCAGUGCCAUGGUUGACAUUCUUUCUUCUGAUGGUCACCUCAACGCUAUGAAUGCCAUGGAGAUGUCUCAAAUGGUAAUACAAGCCAUGUGGGAUCGAGAUAGCCCCCUGAAACAGAUUCCUCACUUCUCCCCCGAGGUUAUCAAGGUGGCGAAUGAUGCUGGGUAUGUUUCGCAGUCAAAUUCCAUUAUGCAGUGCAGUGGUGCUAACGACUUUGAUAGAAUCAAGGACAUCUUCGACUUCAUGGAGGCUAUGAAUCCUGAAGAGAACCCCGACUCUGACAAGCUAAUGAAACGCCUGGGUCUGUCACAGAAGCAAUUGGCUGAGGUCGCAAACUUCACAAACGACAAGUAUCCUGAUCUAGAGCUAGAACACGAGGUUCUAGAGGAAGAUGAGAUUAGAGCCGGCGAACCGGCUUAUCUCAAAAUAAAGAUCACCCGAAACGUGGAGGAAGAGGACGAUGCUCCUUUCGACUCCACUGUACAUGCGCCAUUCUAUCCUACAAAGAAGCUGGAGAAUUGGUGGCUUGUCGUUGGUGAUGAUAAGACCAAGAACCUGCUUGCUAUCAAGAGGGUGACGAUCGGACAAGAGUUAUCAACUCGCCUCGAAUACACAGUUCCGACAGUUGGCGAACAUAACUUAAAACUUUACUUGAUGAGCGACAGUUACGUUGGAGUUGAUCAGGAGCGCGAGUUUUCAGUCACCGCCGCCGAGAGCAUGGAUGUGGACGAGGACGAGGACGAGGACGAAGAUGACGACAAUGAGUAA